CAGUCCGCGUGGCAGUUACGCACUUCACACAUCACUUCCACGGGCACCUGUGCGCUUUGCGCUUGUUUUUAAAAAUGCCGGUUCGUUUUAAGGGUGUGAGUGAGUAUCAGAAGAAGUUCAAAGGUCAAACUGCACAGUCCGGAGGAGCAUCUUUUCAUCCUGGGACGCGACAAGCGGGCCUUCGCUCAGACCAGCUAGGAAUCACAAAGGAGCCCCAGUUUCUUUCCAAGAAGAAGGUCCCCUUACACAGACCCCAGGUCUCUAGAUCCCUGGAGUGUAAGGAGCUAGUAGAUCCACAGUGGCAUCCACAAGAUUUGGAAGUCCAUAGGCCGAGCCCUCCUCUUGCAGAGACCCCUGAAAGACCAGGCAAUUCACGAGAACCUCAGGCCUCUCUUGCCUCUAGGGGUCUCCAACCUCCAGAAAUCCUGUCUACACACCACGCACUAGAUGCCUUACCCCAUCUCACUCCUCCAGAGCCUGAGGAACCUAAACAGCUGCCUGGUCCCAAAGCUUCAAGUGACAAGUUUGAGGCUGCUCAGAAUGGGGUUCAUCGUGGGCUGAGGACUAGAGCAGGGUUCAGGACCAAGGACCACAAAGGUGGGCUGUACAGUUCAGAGUACCAGCGGCAGUUCCUGUGGAAGGCCCCUGCUGUGAGCUCCCCCCUUCUGGCUGCCGAGCAGAAUGAAAGGAGGAGAAAGGAGAAGAUGAAAAAAAAGAAGCAGCACUCAAGGAAGGGCAGCCUCCAGAAUGGGUUGCUGCAGCAGCCCACCCCCCCUCGCAGCGGAUACCAUUCAGACGUUGAGCUGUUAGAGGACAGGAAAUUAAAGACAGAGUACAACUCCAACUACCGCUCGCCACUGCAAUACAGGUACAAGGAUGGGAUCUGGAUGAAGGCCCGUACAGCAGGAGACGAGGGGCGUGACAGUAACCAUAGUCACAUGUGGUAUGAAGAGGUGCGUGAACUAAGGGAGAAGGCUGAGGCAUACAGGAAGAGGGCAUGGGGCACUCACUUCUCCAGGGACCAUCUCAGUCAGAUCUUGUCUGAGCACAACCAGUUGUGGGAAGCCUCAACCACCUCAUCUGCUGUGAUGGACCUGCAUGGUAGCAGCCCCUUGCAUGCCCUGGACCUGGCUAGUGUAAGGAGCAGUGCAGGAUCCAGGACCUCCGUAUCCUCUGUAGCCAGCCAGAGGAACUCUGUGGGGGAUGGAAUGGAUCAGGGGCUCCAUGACGUUGCCACCUUGCCAGUGCAGAAAAGGCUAGCCUGGGAGGAUGCAACCAAAGGGGAUGGGCCAGAGUUAAAGAGCCAGCUGGAGAGAGAACAGGAGAAGGAGAAGCAACACAGUGAGAAGCAGGAAGAGGAGGUGAUUAACAAGCAGGACACAGACAAUGAGGUGAGAGCACCAGGAAUACAGCAUCUGUCCUUAGAGUCCAUCUCAGAUACAUCAAGAGAUGAGGGAAGAGUGCCUACCCCAAAACUGAAGACCAUUGCUGUGGUCCCAAGAACCCACCAUGACCUCACCACCCCAGUGACUGGGGGUGCAAUUCUGGUCUCACCUCUGAAGUUAAAGGACCCCCAGAGCAAUUUCCAAAGGAGCGAGACCCCCCUGGGCAGAGCCUUCAAGCAUGUGUCCCAGACCUCCAUCCAUCAGGAACCUGGGAGGGUUGAUGACAGCGGCUCAGUCCAGGUCUCCCCAGCUGUAGGACUGUCCACACUGGACCCCAUCCCGCUGAGAGAGGAUUUCUUGGAGACUGAACUACAUCCUGAGGACCCACCAGCUCCAUGCCAUGACAGGUCAUUCCAGAAACACAAUGGAUGUGGUCCUUCCCAUCUCAGUAUCACUGCACCGGCUGUUCGCAUUCAGGGAAAACUCAGGGACCCGGAAUUCCAGCAUAAUGGUAACUUAGGACUCAGAAGGUCAGAGCUAUUUGCUUUCCCAUCCACUGACUUGGCCACCUCAGAAGAUGACAGGAUGUCGCUGAUCUCAUCCAUGUCGGCAGCAUCAUGCUCAUUUGCCUCCCAGGUGCUAGCCCGUGCCCAGAAGAGGAAAGAAGAUUUCUGGGGCAAGAACUAGUACCCAAAGACCUCUAACCUCACCCAUAAAGUGACA